AGUAGCCCGAACAAUAACAAGUCGAGAUUCCGACUAAACCGAAAGCGAACAUUUUAGACAGAAACCUUUUGGGGAAUUCAGAAAAAUGCGACAUCUUUGACAUUUAUAGGUUCUCACAUCAUCUGAACUCGUGGCGUCAAGAGGAACAAAAUCAGUUCGAAAGGAUGCACUCCACUGACAAGUGUUUUCAGCGUCUGGAGAGCUCAGAAGUCUACCAGAAAAGCCCUGAUGAAGAGUCAUGUGACGAGGAGAUGGACACAUCGGAGGCAAAGUGGCACUGGUUCUUCCUUGCGGAGUGUGGCAUCUGGCAUAUGUUUGAAGAAGUUCCGAGCACAGGUUGUUCUGUCACCAAUGAGCAAAUUGAGCAAAACUACAGCAAGAAUCAGCAUGGUUCAAUGGACUUCUAUACAGCUAAAUAUACCUAUAAAAUAGACUUUUCCGCUAUGAAACAAUUAAAUGUGACGACUGGGAAAGAGAGGCCAAUAAGGAGAGCAUUACAGUCAGCUACUGACUUCAGAUUCAUCUGUGAUAACCUGGCUCUACCUGUUCCUAGUCACUGGGAGAGAGUUAAUACAGAUGAACCCUAUCAGCUGAUUGCUCUAUGUAGAGAUACAUUUGAGUACAAGGAAGUGUCCCGAUUAUACGAGAGAACCAUGAACCAGCCUAUCAGAUCCAUUCAGAGGAUACAGAACCUGGACCUCUGGGAGUUUUUCUGCAGGAAGAAGGCCCAGUUGAGGAAGAUAAAGCGUGGUGGAGACAUUGAAGAAAAGAUGCUCUUUCAUGGAACUGGCCACAGCAAUGUGCAGGCCAUCUGCGCAUACAACUUUGACUGGCGUCUCACAGGAAGUCACGGUGAUGUCUAUGGCAAAGGAAGCUAUUUCGCACGUGACGCAAAGUAUUCCAGCAAGUUUUGUCAUUCGACUAGCAAGCACAACUUUAUCCUACAGAGACAUGGUCUAGCACCUGCUAUUUUCCAGACUGAGCCACCUUACAAGUGCAUGUUCCUGGCAAGGGUUCUCAUUGGGGAAUAUACACUGGGUCACCCUCAGUACUGCAGACCGCCCUCUAAAGACAUGAGCAUUGCCAACUUCUUUGACAGCUGUGUGGAUGAUGUAAUCAACCCUAAGAUCUUUGUCAUAUUCGACAGCAACCAGAUCUAUCCGGAAUACCUUAUUGAAUUUUACUGAUGUCAAAGACAAAAAAAAACAACAACAAAAA